ACAGUCACACACCAGACACAAAAAAGAAAGCAAGCCCAUUUCAAUUUUCAAGAAGAAGAAAAGCCACACCACACUGUCUCUCUGUCUAACACAACUCCGAAUUCCAUGACUUUCAACUGAAACAACCGCCUCAUUUCCCACUCCGCCGCUCUUUCUCAGCCAAAAAUGGCUGUUUCCACCGCCGGAAGCAGCUUGUGGGAUCAUGUCAUAGAAAUAACCAAAAUCAACCAACAAAAGGGCACUGAUCCUCUCCUCUGGGCUCUCCAAAUAUCCUCAAAUUUAAGCUCCAAGGCUGUUUUAUUACCUUCUCCAGAGCUUGCGCAUGUUCUUGUCUCUUACAUUUGUUGGGAUAAUAAUGUCCCCAUUCUUUGGAAAUUUCUUGAAAAAGCAGUUGUUCUAAAGAUUGUUCCUUCUUUAAUGAUUCUUGCUCUUCUCUCUCAUAGAGUUGUUCCAUGUCGACAUUACAGACCAGUGGCCUAUAGGCUUUAUAUGGAGCUUCUUAAAAGAUAUGCUUUUACACUAAAGUGUCAAACUAAUGGGCCAAAUUUUGAAAAGAUCAUGAAAUCAAUAGAUGGUGUUCUCCAUCUAUCUCAGAAUUUUGGUCUGCAAGGCAGUGAUAGUGGGAUCCUCAUGGUUGAGUUCAUCUUUUCAAUUGUGUGGCAGUUGUUAGAUGCGUCGCUGGAUGAUGAAGGCCUGUUGGAACUUACCCCAGAGAAGAAAUCUAGAUGGGGAGCAAAAGCUUCGGAAAUUGAAAUAGACGGUCACGAUAAUUAUGAUCAGAAGAUGAGUGAGCAUCAUGAGAAAUUGCGGUAUCUUAAUAUAGAAAUGGCUAUUGAGAUAAUUGGUCUAUUUCUAAAACAUAAAUUGACUUCAAGGAUUCUUUACUUGGCACAAAAGAACUUGCCUACACAUUGGGUAAGAUUUGUCCAAAGAUUACAGCUACUUGGAGCAAAGUCAUCAGCAUUAAGAAAUUCUAAAACUGUAUCUGCUGAGGAUCUUAUGCAAUUGACUUCAGAAACGCGUGUAGUAUUCACUCGAGAAUCCAAAACAAGUUCAUCUAGAAAGUAUCAUGAAGAUAUGGCUUUAGGAUCUUUACUAUCUUCUGCUGGUCUUUGUCAUGGAUCUAACCGUUCGUCUCUUUGGCUUCCUCUUGAUCUUGCAUUAGAAGAUGCCAUGGAUGGGUAUCAAGUUAAUGCAACAAGUUCCAUCGAAAUCAUAUCAGGUUUAACUAAGACACUUCAAGCAAUAAACAGCACCACUUGGCAUGAGACCUUUUUAGGCCUUUGGAUUGCAGCUCUACGUCUUAUUCAAAGGGAAAGAGAUCCAAUCGAGGGCCCUAUUCCUCGCCUCGACACUCGCUUAUGCAUAUUGCUGUCUAUCAUACCUCUUGUUAUUGCUGAUCUUAUUGAGGGAGAGGAAAAUGCACCAACUGAAGAAUCAGAAAGUAACUCCACCAAUCAUUAUAAGGCAAGAAAGAUUCCUGGAAACUGCCGAAAUGAUUUAGUUUCCAGCUUACAGUUACUGGGGGAUCACCAUGGCUUGCUGAGUCCACCCCAGUCUGUUGUUUCAGCCGCCAAUCAGGCUGCCACAAAAGCAAUAUUACACGUUUCAGGAAUCACUGCCGGGAGUUCUUAUUUUGAGUGUAUUAACAUGAAAGACAUGCCGAUCAAUUGCUCUGGAAACAUGCGCCAUCUGAUUGUUGAGGCUUGUAUUGCUAGAAACCUAUUGGACACAUCAGCAUAUUUCUGGCCUGGGUAUGUGAAUGGCUGCAUCAACCAGAUACCUCACAACGUACCUGCCCAGGUUCCUAGCUGGUCAUCAUUCAUGAAGGGAGCCUCACUUAGCCCAGCAAUGAUCAGUUUUCUUGUUUCAAGUCCUGCUUCAUGUUUAGCAGAGCUCGAGAAAGUAUAUGAGCUUGCAGUCCGAGGGUCAGAUGAUGAAAAGAUCUCUGCUGCUACUAUUCUUUGUGGGGCUUCUCUUCUUCGGGGUUGGAACAUACAGGAGCACACUGUUCAUUUCAUUACUAGGUUAUUUUCGCCUCCAGUUCCUGUAGAUUUCUCGGAGGGUGACAGCCAUUUAAUAAGCUAUGCUCCAAUCCUGAAUGUGCUUAUUGUCGGACUAGCAUCUGUUGACUGUGUCCAGAUCUUCUCACUCCAUGGCCUGGUUCCUCAACUAGCAUGUUCUUUGAUGCCAAUCUGUGAGGUUUUUGGGUCAUGUGUGCCAGAUGUCUCUUGGACUCUGCCUACAGGGGAAGUUUUCUCUGCCCAUUCUGUGUUUUCAAAUGCAUUUGCACUUCUUUUGAAGCUAUGGAGGUUUAAUCAUCCUCCGCUUGAGCAUGGUGUUGGAGAUGUGCCCACAGUUGGUUCUCAGCUAACUCCCGAAUACCUCCUGUCUGUACGAAACUCUCACCUAGUCUCUUCUGGAAACACCCACAAGGAUCGAAACAAAAAGAGACUCUCUGCUGUUGCGACUUCAUCAUCUCUACAUCCGAUAUUUGUGGAUUCAUUUCCGAAAUUAAAAGUCUGGUAUCGGCAACAUCAAAAGUGUAUAGCUUCUACCCUAUCUGGGCUUGUCCAGGGAACUCCUGUUCAUCAGAUUGUCAAUGUGCUUCUCAACAUGAUGUUCCGGAAGAUCAUCAGAACAGCUCAAUCUUUAACUACUGUUACUUCUGGAAGUAGCGGCUCCUCUGGAUCUGUAAAUGACGAUUUUUCUCUAAGGCCUAAAUUGCCUGCCUGGGACAUAUUGGAAGCAGUUCCUUUUGUUGUCGAUGCAGCAUUGACAGCCUGUGCUCAUGGACGGCUUUCACCUCGUGAAUUGGCUACAGGGCUUAAAGAUUUGGCGGACUUUCUUCCAGCAUCUUUGGCAACUAUUGUCAGCUACUUCUCUGCUGAAGUAAGUCGAGGUGUUUGGAAGCCAGUCUUUAUGAAUGGUACAGAUUGGCCGAGUCCUGCAGCAAAUUUAUCCAACGUUGAGGAAAAGAUCAAGAAAAUUUUAGCUGCUACUGGUGUUGAUGUACCAAGCCUCGCCACAGGUGGAAGCUCUCAAGCUACGCUUCCCUUGCCGCUGGCUGCUUUUGUGAGCCUAACCAUAACCUACAAAAUUGACAAAGCCUCAGAAAGAUUUCUCAAUUUGGCUGGUCCAGCCUUGGAGUGUCUUGCAGCUGGUUGCCCAUGGCCUUGCAUGCCAAUAGUGGCAUCCCUAUGGACCCAAAAGGCAAAGCGAUGGUUUGACUUCCUUGUCUUUUCUGCAUCUCGCACUGUCUUCCUCCAAGACAGCAAUGCAGUGUUUCAGCUUCUCAAGAGUUGCUUUGCUGCCACACUCGGUCUGGGUCCUGCAGCUAUCACGAGCAUUGGUGGUGUCGGGGCACUUCUCGGCCAUGGAUUUGGCUCUCAUUUUUGCGGUGGGAUCUCUCCUGUUGCCCCCGGUAUUCUUUAUCUGCGUGUUCAUCGAUCCAUAAGAGAAAUCGUGUCCGUCACCGAGGAAAUUAUCUCUCUCAUAAUGCUUUCUGUGAGAGAAAUAGCUUGCAGUGGGCUUCCCAGUGAAACAUUAGAGAAAUUGAAAAGAACAAAGAACGGACUUAGAUCUGGACAAGUUUCGCUUACUCAAGCAAUGGCCAGAGUGAAACUCGCCGGUUCGCUUGGAGCUUCUUUAAUAUGGUUAUCUGGUGGUGUAGGAUUGGUUCACUCAUUGUUCAAAGAAACUUUGCCUUCUUGGUUUAUUGCCGUUCACAGGUCGGAGCAGGAAGAAGGGCCUAAAGGAAUGGUUGCCAUGCUUCAGGGAUAUGCACUCGCCUACUUUGUGGUACUUUGCGGAGCUUUUGCUUGGGGAGUUGACUCUUCAUCUUCAGCAUCAAAGCGGCGUCCUAAAGUUAUUAGUGCACACAUGGAACUGCUAGCAAGUGCACUUGACGGGAAAAUUUCAGUAGGUUGCGAUUGGGCAACUUGGCGGUCUUAUGUCUCGGGAUUCGUGAGUGUAAUGGUAAGUUGCACACCUUGUUGGGUGUUGGAGGUGGACGCAAAUGUUCUCAAGAGACUAAGCAAGGGGUUAAGGCAGUGGAACGAGGGUGAGCUUGCCCUUGCAUUGCUCGGAAUUGGUGGAUCUCAGACAAUGGGUGCGGCUGCUGAACUCAUAAUUGCCGACCAAUGAUUUCCAGUUAUUUUCUCAAUUGUACUGCAUAGCAUAUAGUUAGAUGCCGCAUUUUUGUGCAGCCACAAACCCAAAAUGCAGUUUUUUGUACAAAUAGAAAAAGAUAGGCAGCAUAAAGAUGCUUGUUUGAUUCAAUAUAAGUGUAUUAGGCCA